AAGAGCCUGGAGACUCGGUGAUAACAACAGUUAGUGCUUCCCCAAUGCUUGGUUAAUAUUUACCUGUGGCAAAGCAAUUAUUUAAGUAAUUGUGGAUGACUUGCUCAUAAUUUUUGCUUUCAGUAGCAGAGCACAGUGUGUUUGAGGUGGUUUGAGAAGUUUUCUGAAGACGCAAGAACAACUUWUAUAUCAAGGUCAAACUCUCAGGAAGGUUUCUUUUGCAGUGCUUGUUUUUGUCUCAGCUUGUUGAAGAUGGCGGGUGUAAGCAGCUGCAUGAAGUACUCCAUGUUCAUCUUCAACUUUUUAUUUUGGGUGUGUGGUUCUGUUAUUUUGGGAGUCUCCAUAUGGAUACGUGUUAGCAAAGAUGCUCAACAGGACCUGGGGAUAGACAGCAGCCUAUUUGCAGGAGUUGAUCUGCUAAUAGCUGUGGGCGCCAUCAUCAUGAUCCUUGGGUUCCUGGGGUGUUGUGGUGCUGUCAAGGAGAGCCGGUGCAUGCUGAUGUUGUUUUUUAUUGGACUGCUUUUGAUCCUGAUUCUUCAGGUGACAGGAGGUAUUUUAGGAGCUGUGUACAGAUCUCAGACAGAAGCAUCCCUUAACCGUACUCUACUGGCAAGUGUGAAAAAACUGCAAAGCACUACAGAAGAAUAUAAAGACUUUCAGAAGGACUUCCAGAAGUUUGAGCAAAAGAACCAAUGCUGUGGAUUGCUGAAUGGACCUGAAGACUGGGGAAAAAAUUUUAUCGAACCUUCUUCAAAAAUUUGUCAGUGUGAAGUAGAGAAGCCAUCAYCAGACCUCUGCAUCACAUAUAACAGCAGAUUAAUCUAUGAAAGGACUUGUGGAGAAGUGAUUAUCAAAUACCUUAAAGAUCAUCUGAUCAUAAUUAUGGGGAUUGCCUUUGGACUGGCUGUUGUUGAGAUUCUUGGUUUGGUGUUUUCUAUGAGCCUCUACUGCCAGAUCCAGAGGAAAUGAAACUGUGGACGUGUCAGAAUGAUGUCACCAGUCAAAUCAAAACCUUUCUAGAUAGAAGGCUAGAUAGAUUUGGUUUGGCACAUUCAGAUAGAUAUGUGCAUGUCCCAGGCAGCUGUUUUGAUUAAAAUGGCAGCCCUUGUGCACAUGGAUGCUUCACAAUUUGCAAAACAACCUCUUUAUACUUCAUAAGACUUCAUUGU